UGACACGUCAAUUACCGUCAUGAACUUUUAUUCAGUCGCUGAGCUAUUGCCAUGGAUGUUGUUGCUAUUUUCCUCGACCGGCCUCACGACUCCCGUUCCGAACAAGGAAUUCGAUUGCAAAGGUCGAGUAGAACGGUGUGAGAGGAAAAAGGCAGCCACCAGGAGACCAGUGUGUGGCACAGACAAUAUUAGCUACCCUAGCAGAUGCGCUUUGCUGCGAGUCCGAUGCUUUAAUGACUCGCUUUUACGUGUCAAACAUCGCGGACGAUGCAAAGAAAAGCAGCCUUGUUGGGUGGAUCACACUUCGAAAUCAGUUGAUCCAACUCGAACACCGGACUCGUAUAUGCCCAGAUGCAAAGCAGACGGCACAUACUUCCGAAUUCAAUGCCAUCAAAAGGAAGGAUAUUGUUGGUGUGUAACACCUGCAGGAAAAGUAGUGUCCAACACCAUUGUUCGAGGACAAAAGCCUAAAUGUGAUAACGGCAGAGGCAAAUGGCGUAGAGGUUCUUUGCAGAAAGGUGGACAUUUCAGAAGAGAAUGCAGUAAAAACGAUAAAGCAAUAUUUGUCAAUAAUUUAGUCAGAAUAUUCAGAACGGAGUACAAUCGAGAACAAUACGCCGCAUUAAUAAAUGUAGGUGACCGUUCGCUAUUGGACCCGAUUAUGUUGGACAAACGAGCCGCUGAAUGGAAAUUCAAUACUUUGGACGCAGACAAAAACGAAAGCCUUACUAAAAUAGAAUACAGGGACCUAAAAAGACUAGUCCGUAAAGUGGUCAGGCCCAAGAGAUGUUCCAGGACGUUUAUCCGCACCUGCGACGCGGACCAUAACAGUUUGAUAUCAAAAGUCGAAUGGGCAAAUUGUUUAUCGAUUGACGAAACAUUGGACAAAAGGUCAUCGACAACAUCGACUACGACGACCACGACCACGACCACGACUACUACGACUACCACCACAACGACCGAAAUUCCCUCGUCGGAAGACUACGAAGACAAAGAAGACGGUGGAAUCGGACUUGAGGAAGCCGAUCCUGAAGACAUACUACAAGAAAGCGUAGCUACGCUUAGUGGUACUCUUCCGGGUUUAAUGGCCGAAGGCGACCAAGAGGAAGAGGCUGAAGUUAAUGAUUGUUUAAUGGACAGACAGGAAGCAUUAGAUGAUCCAUCCACUUCAUCCCAUAAGUACAUACCAGAAUGUACAACAGAUGGAAGAUAUAAACGUAUUCAGUGUUACAAAUCAGUUGGUUAUUGUUGGUGCGUACAAGAAGACACCGGAAAACCAAUACCAGGAACCUCGGUGAAAGAUUCUAAUCCAAAAUGUGAUGGUAUUCCCUUACUUUCUCGGCCAAUGAAAGGCUGCCCCGAACAUAAAAAACAUAUUUUUUUAAAAGAUCUCAUGGAUUACCUAAAACAAAAACACAGUAAAAACAACACGUCAUUUUCUAUUGACUAUGAAUCGAUAAUCUCAGACAUUUUUCAUUCUCUGGACACAAAUCACAAUAAAGUGUUGGAACGCAAAGAAUGGAAAAGUUUUCGCGAAGAAAUGGCAGCCAACAACAAACUAAAAAGAUGUGGAAAAAAGAUGCCUCGGCAUUGUGAUGUAAACCAUGAUAAUAAAAUUGGUUUUACAGAAUGGCUGAACUGUUUAAAUGUUAACCAUGUUCAGACUCAAACACAGCCCAAUGAAUCUAGCACAACAAUAAUUGCUAAAAGAAGAGGUCCUAAUCCACUUGAAUCAUAUCUGAAGGGUGAUGACUGAUGACUAAACCAUAUAGAGGACAGUAUUGUUCUGAAAUAAAUAAAAAUCAAUAAAAUACAGCAAAAUUAAUUUUUAUUAAGACUGUAAAUUAUGAUUUAAC